AUGUUGCAGGCUCUCUGCCGGUACCAGCACAUUUGGAAUAUUGACCUGCGCUUUCGUCCAGCUUUCCUUGGCGGCAUAAUGCAACAAACUGGUAACAAGCCACCAGCAAUGUUACCUAAGCGUGGCGAAUACAUGCUGAAGGAUAUGAAGAGGAUGGCAAAAUACUACCAAGUGCCUUUACAGAUUUCUGGAGAUGACUUCCAACGUAUCAUGCGUACAAACAGUCUCAAUGCCAUGCGCUUUAUCACAGCCAUUGAUAUGACAGAAUCACAAUACUUGGAACCUGUAUCUAGGGAGUUCUGGAUGCGGUUUUGGUCACAGCAUGAAGAUAUCAGUCAGCCGGAGAGUAUAUUGGCAGUUGCCCAAAAGGCUGGGCUAUCAUCAGAGCUCUCCCAGAAGGUACUUGAAAUGAUUUCAUCUCCUAAAGUGAAGAACCAACUGAGAGAGACAACAGAUGAAGCAGUAAAAUAUGGGGCAUUUGGGAUGCCUGCUGUUGUGGCACAUUAUAAUGGGGAACCUCAUCUCUUUUUUGGCUCUGAUCGUUUAGAGCUGCUAGGCAGCGUUAUAGGUGAAAAAUGGCUGGGACCAGCUCCAAGUCCCAAGCUGUGAAAAGUCCUGGGGAAAUACAUAAGAAGGAAAAUAUAUAUGUACAUGGUAAAUCUUCAGUGAUUGUCUGAAUGUAUCCAGUUAUAUGGAGAGAUGGCUUUCUCAUCUAUAACUGCUAACUUUACAACUUGGUCUAAUCUCUAGUUUUCAGAAUUUCAAGGUUUUUCAGUAUUGCCAAUCUAGUGAAGUCUUAGUAAUACAAGUGUGCUUCUUUUCUUU